CAGGCGAUCCUGCUUCUGACGCAGCUGCUCCUCGAGGACUACGUCAAGUGGCGGCCCUCCCUCCUCCGCGCCUUUUGCCGCUCGCUCGUCGACGCGGAGCCGACGCUGCGCGCGGCCGGCCGCGCUUGCCUCUUCGACAUGCUCCUCCCUCGCUCGCCCCACCUCGCGCUGGCGCUCGACCUGUCUGGGGCGGAGCAGCAGCGGCCGCGGCUGCAGAUCCUGCGCGCGCUCCUCUCCUCGAUGGGCGACGAGCAGCGGCUGCAGGCGACGCCGAAGCCCUGCCACGAGGUGCUGCUGCAGGAACCUUCUUGGAGCCUUCUUGGAACCUUCCUGCAGGCGACGGCGAAGCUCUGCCACGAGGUGCUGCUGCAGGAACCUUCUUGGAGCCUUCUUGGAACCUUCCUGCAGGCGACGGCGAAGCUCUGCCACGAGGCGUCGCGCGUAGGCCAAAUGGAGCUGUCCGCCGCCGCAGUGCACGCCGUGGUCUCCGACUCGCUGCGCCUUCUCGCGUGCAAGGAGGCCAAGGCGACGGUGGAGGCGAUUGUGCCGAUCGUGGUCGAGCUCAAGCGGCACCUCGAGGCGGCGCACUCGCCGCUGCUGCGCGACGUCUCCCUCUUC